UCCACUUGUCCCGGAGUAGACUAUCUGCAGUUCGGAAAGUAAAACUCGACAAAAGUCGAAGCCAUGGACCGCGAACACCCGAAAAUGCCCUUUUAACUUUUGAAGAUAUUGAAGAUGACCGGUCUUGUGUCAUGUCCCAGCGGUCUGCUAGUCAUUGGCCUCUGCCUCGCACUUUCCUCCGUCAACGCCCAGUCAGCGAUAUGGACCAAUGAAGUUUCAGAUGUUCAGUAUGGGAGGCUGGGGUCCAACGUCACGCUGGUGUGUGGAGCGGCACUGGACAGGACAUCAGUGGAGUGGCGUCUGAACAGGAGGUCCGUGUUACCAUGGCAGCACCGAGUGACAUCAGAUGGUCAUCUGGUCCUCCUGCAUGCCGACCACACCGCUGAAGGCAACUACAGCUGCAGUGAUGACCAGGGAUUCCUCAUCCAGACAACCCGACUCAGGCUGGGGCAUCCCCCCGGGCUGCUCAAUGUUUCCUGUCGUGUGUCCAAUCACAGCCUGGUAUUGUGUUCAUGGGUGGAGUCUGUGAAGACCCACCUGCCUGCCCAGUACCACGCCUCCUACAGGGGUAAUAAAAGCCAGGUGAGGAUGUGUGUGGUGUCCUCUCCCACCCAGAGACAGUGUACCAUCACAGACCCCACCAUGUGGCAGCAAUACCAUGACAUCAACAUCACAGAGACCAACCCUCUGGGGUCACAUACCACCAUCCUCAUGGUCAAGUUACACGAGCUCUUGCAGCCAGAUCCCCCAGAGGCAGUAACAGCAGUGGGGGUGGUGGGAUACCCCAUGGUUCUCCGGGUGUACUGGAGGUACCCUGCCUCCUGGCUCCACGACGCUGUGCCCUUCCCCCUCGUCUUCCAGCUCCGAUACCGUCCUGUAGGAUCCAGCGUCUGGUCAACCGUGGAGUCUAAGGCCAGCCCCCUGUUGAUAACCGACGCCCUAGCAGGCCACGCCCACCAGCUGCAGGUGAGAGCCCAGGACGAGAUCAACCCAGACAGCCAGUGGAGCGACUGGAGCCCCCUGCUGCAGGGCUGUCCAUGGAGCGGUGGCGCUGCCGAGCCUACUGAAGAAACGUUUCCUGUCGACUACAAUGACUCAGACACAGACCCCUCUACAGCUGACACCAAGUCAGAGAACCCCGAGGAUGAUGGUGGUAGUCUGUUGAUUCUACUGGCCCUGUUCACUGGCAUCAUCCUGGCCCUGGCGUCCUCUCUGUUGGUCCUCAUGUGGGUGAGGCAAUGGAGGCGGGACAAUGUGACAAAACAGGAACUGACCUCAAUGGUGAAGAUGAAGUCCAUGCCAAUCUAAACCUAGGUUGGCCCCUCCUCUCAGCCCUUAUAGGGCCCCUUGUCUCCACCAGGCCACACCCCCAACAGGUGGGUGCAGCGUCCACAAAACACUACCCACAAUCCACCAUGCUACCCACAAGCCAUCUGGAGCGUUUGCCUGGCCUGAUCGCUGCCUGCCAAACGGACAGACAUGGUGGAACGAAUGACUGACUCCACCCACUGGAGUUUAACAUCAUCUGAUUGGCUAUAAGGCUCAACACUACGUACUGUACAGUACAGUGUGGAUCACCACCCAACAACAUAUCGGUCCUCCUGACCCUGACUGGCUGAACAGGGUAUAGGUUCUGGUACCUUUCACAGUAUUCCUUUCUGGGGACCUGAUGAUCUAAUGGUCCUUUAUUCAUUUCAAAUGCUUCUUCAAAUGUAAGAAGCAUUAUUAUAUAGACCGAUUGGCAUUAUAAAAUGUUCUAGACUGGUUAUAUACUGGUUAUGAAGAGGGUAUGGACAGAUUGGCAUUCUGCAGAAUAGGUACUGCAAUUCAGAGGAGAAGGAACGCCCUGCAAACGAGGCUGCUGCUAUUGGUCAUUCGAUGAGGAGGAGGGAACAGAGUUCGGCCAUAUCCAUGCUGGCUAAUCACUAGCAGUGUCAGGAUGAUGUCAUAACUUCCUGUAUAUAGAUGCAGUGUCAGGAUGAUGUCAUAACUUCCUGUAUAUAGAUGCGUUAAAGGAGGCACAUUCAACAAAUCUGAUCUAACAAAGUGGAUAUUCGUCAAAUCCGUCAUUAUUUAUGUAUUGUAAC